CAUUUCGAUUGGACAAAAAGCAGAAAAAGACAGAAGUUCUUGAUUUCCUGUAUUCGUUGAUUGACAAAAAUCAUGAGAAUGAGUUUUUUAAAGCCAUGGAAUUUGAUCUUGAAAAUAGAUUGGAUGAUAAUAAUAACAGUCCAUUUGCACCUUUAAAAUUUCCGGCUUUUUAUUAUUGUUGGAUUUUAAGUAAGUUUGGGGCUUAUGCUCAAAUUACGAAUUGGUGUUUUAACGAUAUUUUGGAAAAAAGAGUUAAUGCUGAUGUUUUCAUUCAACAACAUCAUCAACAAAAUUAUGUUUUGAGCGAACAACUUGAAAAUAAUUUAAAAGAAAUAUGCGAUGCAUUUAAGAGCUAUUCCAAUACUUUGAAUAAUUGGUAUGAUGAAAUAAGAAGACUACACGAUGACAUAAAUAGUUCUUUAAUGUCGGAUGAAUUCAGAGAAUUUUUAAAGAGUAUUUGGGAAAUAAUUAAUGGCUCUAAUUUUGUUUUAAGUCGUGAU